GAAACUCAAACUUUAUUUUGAAGGCGAAGCUUUUUUUUUUCAACCGGAAAUCACUUAUUUCAUUUCCCCUGAAUAUAUUUGGUCGAACAGCUGCAUCUCACGGGGUAUUAGGAGGAAAUAAACAACGAAUUUCAGCAGUUUUGCAUUCCCUAUAUACAGCCAGGGUCUGCAGCCAGCACGAACAUGUCGCACACAAUUUUGCUUGUCCAACCAACCAAGAGACCAGAGGGCCGCACAUAUGCUGACUAUGAGUCGGUAAAUGAAUGCAUGGAAGGUGUUUGCAAAAUGUAUGAAGAACAUUUGAAGAGGAUGAACCCCAACAGUCCAUCCAUCACUUAUGAUAUUAGUCAGUUGUUUGACUUUAUUGAUGACUUGGCAGAUCUGAGCUGUCUUGUGUACAGAGCUGAUACUCAAACUUACCAGCCAUACAACAAAGACUGGAUCAAGGAGAAGAUAUAUGUCCUGCUGCGACGUCAAGCUCAGCAGGCAGCAAAGUAAAAGCCAGAGCAACAGAUUGCCCUGCUACACACACCAGGGAGGAAUUUAUGCUGCACUACAUUUCAAUAGCAUUUUAUAUGGCAUAUUGUGAAUAGGGACAACACAGUCAGUUUCUUUAGGGAAGGGUGUACAUAUUCUACUGUACAAUGGAUAAAGGAAGUGGCUUGUAAAAUUAGUUCAGAAAUGUUGGUUUUUAGGUGGAAAGUAAAUUGUACAUGGCAGCAUAGAUAUUUGUGUUACAGCAUGGUGAGAGUGGGGCUUUAAGGCUGCAGUAGUUUACUGGUGAAAAGGAUCUCUGUUGAGAGAAGUGCUCCACAACCUAGAGAUGUUUUUUGUUCAUAUUUCCAUUUGUUAUUUUUCUAAAAAGUAAUGUGACACAUUUUAAUUUACUCUAUAUCGUUCCUGGACAGCUGAAUAAAUUAGACUUCUUUUUUUUUUUUUUUAUCAUCCUAUUAGAUUUGUCAUUUUCUGUCUUUAUGGUUAUUAUAGCUUACAAUCAUGAUGUGAAUUGUUUUUUCAACCCUGUUUUGUAGUAUUUGCUUUAAAUUAUCCCUCUUGCUGUGUUCUUUUGAUUUAAAAGAAAUAAAAUGUUGUUUUCAAACUG